AUGGCGCGCGCCGACAACCUGGGCUACAUCGCGUGGCUCGUGCCCUUCACGGGCAUCUGCACCAUGCUGGGCACCGAGUUGCUGGCCUGCACGACCCACUUCAGCUGCUCGGAGAACUUCCCCACGCUCUCGUACGCCGCCACCUUCAAGCCGGAGGGGUACGCCUUCACGGGGGGCAUGUGCCUCACCGCGCUCUUCAUCUUCGCGUCGGUCGUGCUCUUCUUCUGGUACCUGCGUCUGCGCAUGGCAGCGCAGAGGCACAAACUUGAAGACAAGAGGACUGAGAACUUGGCGGCGGGGAAGAGCGUCUUGCAUGAGGAUGAGACGGCAGGAGGGGACGGGAAAUCCACAGCAGGCGCGACGGGACUUCUCGUUGUGCUGCGGAGGCGCUCCUUUUGGCUGUCUCUGCGUCGGUGGAGGCGGUUAGACUUCUUCACGGCGUACACUCUCGGCCGCCUGCUGCUGACUAUUGGACUGGCGUCGACGUUCCUGUUUGCGCUGUUUUUCCUGUGCGCCAACGGAGUGUGGCCGAACCCGCUGGGCUUUACCGCAGUGCAAGAGGCUUUCUUUGAGGCGCUUGCGAUUGUGUGCCAGCUUCUCUUCAUGGGGACGCUAUCCUGUGAGCUGGCACGGCUAGCGCGCCUGGUUGAGCACAGCGACUACACGGAGCUGGAGAGAAGCGAGUAG